AAACCGAAGCAAGCCAUCGAUACGCCAUGGCCCCCUAGGGAAGCUAGCAGCCAGGAACGGAUCGCUUCCUUCCUUGGCAAAUCUGUCAGAAACGAGAUGAUUUGUAGCCUGCCUCGCUCCGCACGUCGACGGGCACCGGUCGCCAUCGGCCGCUCGCCCCCGGCCAUUCCCUCGCCAAACUCUCCUCCUGAAUCCUGACCCACUCCAUCCUACGCUCCAUAUAUAUUUCCACGACCAAAAGCCGGAACUCAUCUUGCCUCGCUUCCUCUCCCGCCCGGCCGCCCGGGUAAUCUAGCUUCUCCGAAUAAGCAAAGCUAGCCUCUGUUUGGUCGAUGGCCGCCGUGCAGCCGCACGCAGCCCCGCGCCGGCAUCCGCCGCCGGUCCCGGCACCGUCGCAGGCGGCGCAGCUCCCGUGCAAGAGGGGCCGCGCCGACGCCGAGGCGGUCGCGCACGGCGGGAAGCAGGAGAGGGUGGCGGAGUCGUGCUGCCCGUCGGAGCGGGACGAUCAGGAGCUGGAGCUGGUGCUGGUCGACGACGACAGCGGCGAGGAGGACGGCGGCUGCGGCAGCUUCGUCGGCGGUGGCGGUGGGGGACAGGACGACGAGGACGAGGUCGAGGGGAGCGGAAGCGUCGUCGUGUGGUGGCGCCGUCAGGAGAGCAACUGCUCCCUCUGGGCGAACGGGAGCAGAGCGGCCGGGGGCGAACCGCGCGGCGGCGGCGACCGCGACGGCGACGAGGACGAGGACCCCAAGGUGGCGGCGGCCAGGCGGCAGGAGGAGGACCGCAAGUUCUGGGAGGCGUGCCUGGCGUCGGGCUACCCCUGACGAGGAAAGCCGAAAGCUCCGGCACGGCCAGAUCGGAUCAGCGGCCACGCCUCCUUCAAUCUUCAUGUAGCGUGCAACUGCAACCUCAUGGAACCGAGAUGCUCAGACAGCGGCAUAGGAACUAACCUCCCUGCCAAUGUUGUUCAUACGUCGUGCGGCAAUUGCAAGUUUGCAACUGUAUAGACAGGCCUAGCUCUGUGAUUCUUUCAUUCAGAAAGUUUGACAGCGUGUGCACUCUGUAUCUGUUUCUUGUUCCUCACUUGGUGGGUUAUUUUUCCAUUCGUGGUGCAAGACAGGAGCUAAAAAGAAUCAAAUGAGCACCGCAUGUGUACUUAAAAUAUUGUAGCUAACAUAUUCUUGUCACUCUAGGGAUUUUGCUUCCAGGGGGAAGGAAACAUCUUCUUUCAGGUGA